AUGUCUCGCUCUGGCUCGUCCCCGCCGCCGGCCGCGCGCUAUCUCCUAGCAGCCGGCUCCUCGGGGCUCCCCUCCCCCACCGCCCCGCGCACGCGCUCUCCUGUUCUCCCUCCAGCACCAGCCCCGUCGCUGCCGCUCUCCCAGUCGCCCGCCCUCCCCGCCAGCGCCGACCCCCCGCGCAGGCGCACGCCGGUCCCUCCCGCCCUCGCCACCGGCCCCGACCCCCCGCGCAGGCGCUCUCCUGUCCCUCCCGCCCUCGCCUCCGGCCCCGAGCCCCCGCGCAGGCGCUCUCCGGUCCCUCGCGCCCUCGCCUCCAGCACCAACGCCCUCAACCCUCCCCUCUCCACGGUGCCGUCGUUCUUCGCGCGCGCGCACUGCUCGGCCUCUCGCCAGCCUCCGUCCCGCGCACGCGCUCUCCACGCCGCUGUACUAGCUGUUACCGUUGCAGCUUUGCUUGCAACCAAAGGAUCCAAUGUAGAAUGA